ACAUGUCUCUUAUGAUUGUGCAGGAAUUAGAGAAAUCGAAGCCUGUCAUACUAACUGGUGACCUUAAUUGUGCGCAUCAGGAGAUUGAUAUACAUGACCCUGCUGGAAAUCGUAGAAGUGCAGGCUUCACAAACGAGGAAAGAGAAUCAUUUGGGACCAAUUUUUUGUCCAAAGGGUUUGUGCUGGCAGGUGCUCUAAAUGCUCAUAAUAAACUAGAAAAAGAACAUGAUGGCUGCCGAAGUUUGCGUGGGCAAUCAGGGGUUUCCUUCUCUCGAGUCCUAGCAGAAGUGUUGAAGAAUUGAUUGAGUAUUCAGCACGGUGGAAUUUUCAGAUUUGCAGAACUUCGAAGUGAAAUACUGACUGAAGUGCCUGAAAAUACAAGGUUCUGUUUUCUCCACACAAUUUUGAUUCGUCCAUCUGUACUCUUUUAUUCUUAGAAAAUAAGUUAUUACAUGAGUCAGAUAGAAACUUCCUUUUUCAUGGGAAUUUUUCUUGGUGCACGGACAAAACUGCUGCUAGCACUAGCACUGCUGCUUUGCACUCUGAGAUUGUCGAUUUUAUCAAGCCAGCUUUGGGGAAGCUUGAAGGUGAAUAUGUGACCAAUGACCUUUAUGACCUCAAUGCUUGUAUUUAGUACGUGACGAAUUUGUGAUUGCAACUGGAGUCAUUGCUUGCUGCUAUUUUUCUUUGGUUGUCACCAGAGCAGAGACCCAGUUUGGUGCAUAUACAUUAGCUGAAUAUUGGCACUGUAACACUGUCACUUAUUGGAGGAUUAUUUUUCGACGAUGUUUGCAAUGGAUGCAAGAAUCUUGCCCGUCAUUUCAUUUCAUCAUUUGUUCUUAGUUCUUACCAUUGGAGAAACACAAAUACAUAUAUAGUGCCAUAACUACUAUGUAAUUGACAAAAAAAAUUCUUUCAUCUGACACACACACCACAUAAGAUGACAGUUGUGGCUAUUCCUAGAUGUACAGUAAAUUGCAGCACAUAUGUCCUUUUCUCAAGAGGUCAUUGCUAUAUUUUAACACAUUGGUUUUUGUGGCGUAGGAUAAAAUCAUUGUUGGUUCAACAUCAUGAAUGACACUUGGCAUCGUUUGUUCUAAGUUUCAUGUUGUGCAUUGUUUUUAAGGUCCCAUAUCAUGCCGCAAGCAGUGUAAUAUUAAGCAUGUUGGUCACACCUUGUGUAAGUAAUUCUUGUUAAUGACGCUCUUAGUCUUUUAUUUUUCUUGUCCAUUGAGACAUGUGAACAGAUCUUUUUUCUAUUGGCUAUUCUUCAACAGAUAAGAAGCAUCAUAUCAAAGAAACUGGGGCCUUUUGAGCAGGUAAAAAACAUGGAUGAAUCACAAGCAACUUCCUAAUAUAUAUGAAUGCAAAUGAAGUUUUGCAUUAUUUAACUUUUAAUCAAGGGAAUGGUCCAAGGGUGCAUCACUGGAAUAAGCUCGAGACCACAAGUGUCAUAUAUCCUCUAAUCUUUACUCUCUCAGCUUCAUAGUAUGGUGUCUAUCAGAAGCUACGCCUUUCUACUUAAAAGGUUUCAGCCAUGGCUGUGCUGAAUUUGCAACGAGUUGCAGACUAGUAUGAUUGAAACAUUGGAAGCAGUGGAGAUAGAGAAACAGAAACAUCACAGCACUAGAAUGGAAGCCCUUGCACGUUUGGCUAGACUUGAGGUUACAAACGGUGAGCUUGCAAAGUCACUUGCCAGGGAACAAUGGAAUCUGGAAGUUCAAGUAGAUCAAGUGGCGCAGCUUCGAGAGGAAGUUGAAUUGAAGAAACUUGCUCAAGAUAAAUACAGAAGAAAGCUAACAAAGAUACAAAAGACAAGUGCCCCUCCGGUUGAUGAAAUAGAAUCUUUGAGAAGGUUCAAGCUGGAGGAAGAAAUUAUUGAUGCAGAAUACACUCUGACAUGUGACAGAAUUGUGAGCUUGAAGGACAAGGUAGGUUUUCCCGUGUAUGACUGACCUCAUGUAUUGAUU